UACGUCGUGCCUUCCAGCAAGCGUUCUCCCUACUUCGUAGUAUCGAUUCUGAAACGUGGUAGAGAUGUCAUUGUUUCCAUUAGCGUUUGGUGCUGUUCAAGCCUCUAUAUAUGUUGCCUCCUUGUACAUUUUCCCUGCGGGACGUCCCAGCCCAACUUUUGAUCGAAAUGCAACAAAGACUGUAGCUGCAAGAUGCUGCAGUGUAAUCAUUGCUUCUGUCGCAAGUACAUGUUUGGCACACUUUGUCUUGACUGACUCAAACAAUUACUGGAAAGUCAAUUUAAUCGACAUUUCGAAAGCUAUCUUUCAUGCAAUGAUUUUCUUUUUAGGUCCUCUGUACGAGGUGAUUGUGGUUCAACAAGGAUAUCGUACUUGGAAACAUGAUUUAACCAACAUGAUUAAGGAACCAACAGAGUGGAGAAACCUUGUAUUGGGUCCUCUGUCCGAAGAGGUUACUUUUCGCAGAGGAAUUGUUCCUGCUUGUGUAUCUAGCGGCUGGUCCAACACUCGAACUAUUUUUCUUGCUCCCGUUCUGUUUGGCCUCGCACAUGUUCAUCAUAUGUAUGAAUUCCUGUUACAAUAUCCCAAGGCAUACGUGGUUGCAAUCGUUCGCUCCUUCAUUCAAUUCUCCUACACCAGUGUCUUCGGUUGGUACGUUACAUAUCUCUUCCUUCAAACCAAAAGCAUAUGGCCACCAUUCCUCGUCCACGCUUUCAGUAACUACAUGGGUCUCCCACGCUUCUUUGGUUACUUGCCGUUGAAAAAACAGACCGUCUACUACUACACUCUACUCGUUUCAGGCGUGGUCGCAUUCUUCGCAUCCUGGGAUUUAUUUUGGUCAAAGGAGUACUAGUGGAACUGGAUGGGAACUUUUAUUUUUGUGUUUUCGAAUUGCGUAGCAUCGUAACUUCGGUAAAGAGAUUUGGUUGCGGAGAUAAAUUGCACAUAUUACUUUUAAAUAACGAACAGUUCGGGCUUCAGGUGUGCUUUUGCAAGUCGAGCAAUAAGAGCACUCAGUUGCAGAUAUGUUUGCACGCCUUCGAGAACGAUCAUAUGAGCGCUUCCGAUUUCACGAAGCAUUUCGAGCCGUGAGUAUUCGGGAACCUCAUUCAUUGUCUUUACCACGCGGAACAUCGUUGUGAUGAUAUCCACGGGACUGAAGCCUAGUCCCCAAAUACCCUUGAGACGUUCAAGUGCUUUGUCGAUGUCACCAUGCAUGCAGUGACGGAUCAUAUCCAACACGGCAACGGGUGAGGGCUGAUCGGCCACCUUGAACACGUUUUCGCUGUUCACGAGGUCAAAACCCGCAACUGUACUCUGGAGAUUGUUGAUUGCUUGUCUCAUAUCGCCCUCAGCUGUCAUAAUCAGAGCUGCCAUACCAUCAUCAGUUAUCGACACGGACUCUGCCUUGCAGAUCUCCGAAAGUCGUUUUUGUAUUUGUUGCUCAUUCAGUCGAGAAUAACGUAAAAUGGCGCAUCGAGAUUGAAUGGGCUCAAUAAUUUUGUUUGACUGAUUGCAAGCGAGUGCGAAACGCGUAGUAUUGGAAUAAAUUUCCAUCGUGCGUCUCAGAGCCUGUUGUGCACCAGCCGUCAUACUGUCUGCUUCGUCGAGAAUAACAAUUUUGUGCCGUCCAGGAGGAAGGUUCACUUUUUUCUGGGCAAAGCCCUUAAUUUUAUUACGAACAACGUCGAUACCGCGUUCAUCAGAGGCAUUCAGUUCCAAUACACCCUCCCGAUAAGCCGAACCAAGCAAUUGGUGAGCAAGACACAGCACCGAAGUUGUUUUUCCGAUUCCCGGCAUUCCCUGCCAAACGCGUUAGCAAUACAAAUAUCCAUUUAAACAGUUUACGUACAGAAAUGAUCAUGUGGGGCAUGUUUCCAUCUCGAGCAAUAACCUUUAAUCGUGCUAUGGUAUCCUCGUUUCCAACAAUGUCAUCUAGCACUACCGGUCGGUACUUUUCGACCCUUUUCUCAGCAUUAGCAUCUAAAGUUUCGCAAAAAAAUUUACCAUGG